UCUAUCCGAGAAACCGGACCGAGUUCUCGGAUCGUGGACACAGGCCUUUAUAGAGCUCGGUUGUUUGAAGAGGUUAUGUUAAAGACACAUGCGUAGCACACAGCGUUGUAAGAUGUAUCUAUCGAAUAUAUAAUUGUAUAUAAUUUUGAAGCAAGAAUUUAUGAUAAAUACCACUUAAUAUUUCUCGACUGCACUUCUUUUAACAAGCAACAAUAGCACGAUGUCUUUACGUUUACGUUUAUUUUUGAGAAAAAUACAAAAAACAUAUAGAACAUUCAGUACUGCUGUUCAAGUAAAGGAUGAGCAACCGAGUCAAGUGUGCUCCUUCCGCACAACUGAGAAUAAUCCAGUUAAACAUAAUGUGAACCAUCUCGCCAGAUUAUACACAAUACCAACAGACAUUCAAGAGCAAAUCUUUCUACAUGGUGGUUUGACUCGUUCAUUUAUGAAACAAGUUAUCACUUUUCAAGAGUGUUCAAUAUUGAUUAGACAGCCGGCAGUUGAAAUUAUAUCGUAUCUCCAUCAGGCUGAUUAUACAAGGCCUGUCAAUAAAUAUGUGUUAUAUGGAAAGCAUGGGACAGGAAAAAGCAUUUCGUUAGCUCACAUAUUACACUAUGCUUUUAUUGAGAAAUAUAUACUUGUUCAUAUACAUUGGGCUCCACAUUGGUUUAAAGACAUGAAGGAAGUUGCAAAUUCAAUAUUAUCUCCAGGUUGUAUAGAUUUGCCUAUUGAUGCUGGAUUAUGGUUAAAGCACUUCAAAACUCAAAACUUACAAUUACUUUCACAAUUGGAUCUUAAAACAUCCAACAAUUAUACAUGGAACCAACGUGAAACAACUUCACAAGGUACACCUAUACUACAACUUGUAGAAUUCGGCAUAAAUCGUGUAAAAUAUGCUUGUGGCGUGGUGGAAGCAUUAAUAAAGGAACUAAAGCUCGCUAGCACUGCGGGGAAGUGUAAAACAAUAGUGGUAGUAGAUGGAUUCAAUGCGUUCACUUCGACUUAUACGCGUAUCCGCGAUGAUAAUAAAACGAUGGUUCUACCUAAGCAAGUCUCAUUGACGAAACCGUUUUACGAUAUCACAAAGGAUGAUUGGUGCAAUGGAGCAGUCGUACUAACUGUAGAUGAGAAAGCAAAUAAGGAAAGACGAGAGUCCUAUCUGCCCAGAUAUUUACUUGGUAAAGAAGGUUUUGAGCAUUUAGAUCCAUUUUUACCUAUUUUAGUUGAUGAUUACAAUGUCACGGAAUUUGAUAGUAUGAUAGAGUACUAUAAAGAUCGCAAAUGGAUCAGAGACAUAACAUCCAGUCGUCAAAAGGAAUUAGAAUUACUCAGUAAUAAAAAUCCAUUAGUCUUAAUGGCACAAUGUAAAUUCUUGUAAAAAAAAUUUUUGCGCAUAGAUAUUUAUAAUAAAAACAUAAAAAUCUCAA